AUGAAUCUAGCAGCUGGUAUCGAGUCUCAUUUAACAAAUAAUCUAUGUUCGUCAUUAACUCGUCGACAACAAAUAAAUCAACAAGAAAAAUCAAAUGAAAUAAAAAAUGAUAAAUUAAUUCGAUCAAUCUCAACACUUGAUGAAGAACUUGAAGAAAAAGAACAAAUAUUAAUACAUAAAAAAAGUCAUCAAGAUAUAAUUCAUUAUGAAUCAGAUAAAAUUGUUUUAUGGCGACAACCAAUAAAUACAAUUCAUUAUUGUUUUCUUGAAAUAAUUUAUUUAAUACAUCAUAAUUUUAAAUAUUGUUUAUCUUAUCGAAAAACAUUAUUUCUUUCAAGUAUAUUAUUAAUAUUUUUCUUAUUUAUAUAUAAAUUUGAAGGUUCACAUCAAAAAAGUAUACAAGAAAUUGAAAGUUUAUUUAUUUGGACAUUAUAUUGGUUUGGUCUUGGUGUAGCAUCAUCUAUUGGAUUAGGUACAGGUUUACAUACAUUUUUAUUAUAUCUUGGACCAUUUAUUGCUCAAGUAACAUUAGCAGCAUAUGAAUGUGGUUCAAUUAAAUUUCCUCGUCCUCCAUAUCCAAAUGAAAUUGUUUGUCCAUUAUUAUCAUCAUCAACAACAACAGAUGAAACAAUUUUAAGAAAUUUAUUAGAAUCACGACCAUUAUCAUUUUGGAAUAUAUUAUGGAAAGUUAAAUUAGAAGCAUUUUUUUGGGGUUUAGGUACAGCAUUUGGUGAAUUACCACCUUAUUUUAUGGCACGUGCAGCACGUUUAGGUACCAAUAAUAAUACAGAUGAAGAUGAAGAAUUAAUUGAAUUUGAACAAAUAAUAAUAAAUGCUGAAUUACAUAAUUCAAAAAAUUUAACAUUAUUUCAACGUAUGCGUUAUUCUGUAUAUUGUCUUAUUGAACGUAUUGGAUUUUUUGGUAUAUUAUUAUGUGCAAGUAUACCUAAUCCAUUAUUUGAUUUAGCUGGUAUAACAUGUGGUUAUUUUCUUAUAUCAUUUUGGAGAUUUUUUUUUGCAACAAUUAUUGGAAAAUCAUUAAUUAAAAUGAGUAUACAAACAAUAUUUAUUAUAUUUUUAUUUAGUGAACAUCAUGUUGAACGUAUUAUACGUUGGAUGAAACAUAUACCAUAUUAUGGACAUUUAUUACAAACACCAUUUAAAGAUUGGUUAAAAGAACAAAAAUUAAAAAUGCAUAGAAAACCAGGUGAACAUUUAAAUGGUCAUAUAACAAGAAUAUCAACAUUAACAAAAAUAUUUAAUUUAUUUGUUGCUGCUAUGAUUACAUAUUUUAUUAUGUCAAUUAUUAAUUCAUUAGCACAACGUUAUUAUAAACGUAUACGUACACGUACUGAAUGUAAAAAUGAUUUAUAA